AUGACGAAUGAGAUUCUGAGAAUAAAAAUCCCUGCCUCUGAGGGCCUCCCACCUGGGCCUGGAGCCUCCUCUGAUCUCCUGGGAAGCAGAAUCCUACCUGACAGCUCAGGGUCAUCUUCUGUCCCAGUGUCGAGAUCAGUGGAGGGGGAGGCCCAAAGGCAGGAAGAAAAAUAUCAGUCUGAAAGCAUCCUGGGGCGGCAUCCUAAGAAAGGUGACUUUGGUCAGCUCUCUGGUCCAGAUCCCCCAGGCUUCAUUGCUCCUCCCCUGCGGGACUCCACUCUGACGACUCCAUCUCACUGUGACUCAGUGGUGCUUCCAUUGGACACCAUCCAUCAAAACUCACAUCCGUGUGAGGAUUUGGUGACUUCUGGCCCAGCCAUCUCAGGCCUUGGUGGCUCAAGCAGUCAUAUCUCUGUGCCUGCAUUCUGGUGUCAGGAAACUACCAGAACCUGGUGCAUCUCCAACCCAUCAGUCCAGCAAGAUCAUCUUUCCUGCCACCCACCAGAAACCUCAUCCUUGGGAGACCCCACAAACAGUCAGAUGGAAGCUGAUAGGCCCUUUUUGCUCAGCUCUGAUGGCCAGAAUGUUGUGGGAAUACAAGUCACAGAAAGAGCCAGGAUCAACAUUCGGGAGGAAAAAGAAAAAGAUGGAUCAUUUCCAAAACAAAUGAACACGGAAAAGCACUUGAAUUCUUUGGGGAAGUCUCUGCACAGCGAAUCCCUAGUGGCUAAUGCCUUGGUGUCUGAGAGAUCUUAUACUUUACAGUCUCCUCCUUUCUUGUUCAAUGGCAUUCCCAAUGUCCGCCCAGUUCAAACAGAGACUACAAUGUCUCCACGGCUUUUCCAGGCCCAGCGCCUGUCCCAUAUGAGGCCUGAGUCCCAACCCUUUAAUUCACCCACACCCCAAUUCCAGCUCUCACCUAUGGCUCAGGCGGAGGCUCAAUCCUCUUUCCCAGUCCAGUCUCCUGCUCUUGCAUCCCUGAUUAAUAAUUCUGGAGUAGCUUGCCCUGUGUCGCAGAAUAAGAUGCAAGUUCUCACCCUACCUGAAAUGCAGCGCCUUGAAUGGUCUUCUAAACAACUAGAAGGUGGGUUGGCUUUACCCUGUAGGGCCCAAAAACCUCAGGAUGUCUUUAGCGCCUCCACUCCUAACCUUCCCCAGGACAGCUUGACAGCAAUCAUUCCUGAGAACUUUCCAGUCAGUCCUGAACUCCGGAGGCAACUGGAGCAACACAUUCAAAAGUGGCUCAUUCAACACCGGAGCAACCUGGGAAUGACCCAAGAGUCUCCCGAUCUGAUGCAGCCUCAGGAGAAAUUGCCAGGGACAAGUCAGGCCAGGGGCAAACUCAGACCCUUGCCGUUCUCCAUGUCCACAGGCAAAAGCAGCAAGGACAUACAGAAGGUGACGUUCCAGCUAAAGAGGAAUCCGUGCACACCUCUGGGACAGACCCCGCAAUAUCUAGCCAGGUGCAAGGAAAGCUUCCCAGGGAAGGUUCUGGGGGCAGAACCUCAAGUCUCUGAGGAAUCAGAAAGAGACUUGAAGAUGCCCUUGAGGAGAGACUUGGAAAGUGAUUUAUUAAGACGCACAGAGAGAAAUCGUAUAGAAAACAUCCUGAAAGUCCAUGUGGGCAGGAAGUUGGGCCAGAUCAAUACGGGCUUUAUCCCCAUUUGUGUGCGUCGAUCCUGGCUUGCUGUCAACCAGGAUUUUUCUGUGUCCAACACCCACAUGAAGACCAGCAAUCUAGUACCCCCAGAAAGUGGGAGAGCCAGUGUGAACACAUCCCAGGGGCUUUCCUUCCUCCAUCCGUGCACUCAACAGAUGCUGGGACACCAUAUUGUGAGGUUUUGGGCCAAACACAAGUGGGGCCUACCCCUCAGGGUCCUCAAGCCCAUUAAGGUCUUUAAACUGGGAAAAGUUUCAUCCUUAUCCCAAACACAGCUUGCCAGUCCCUCCUCAGCUACCUAUGAAUCUAAGCCUAGCUCAAAAGUUGAGAAAGCCACUUUCCUAAGAGAGUCACCACCGGCAGGUCUGAGAAAGCAGGUGCUGACCAAAGCAUCUGUUCAGAUGCCAGACAGUCUUCUGGUGUCUUCACCCACAUUGACACAGUUCCAGACGGCCCCACAAGGGAUCCCAUCUUGGAAUGCCCAUGGGUCCUUGAAGCCUCCUCCAGCUGGACAGGAGGACAGGUGGCCUUCUAAGCCCCUCACAUGCAGCCUCACAGGCAGCGCCCAGCAGAGCGGGAGCUUAGGAGCCCAAUCUUCAAGGACUGGAAAGACCAUGGAGGCAGUGCCACAACCCAGAGUCCCCUUGGGAACCUUUAUGCUGGCAAACCUCCAAGCCACACAUGAGGAUGUGAGUGGUUUAGAGGCUCCACAGACCAGUAAAGGCUCUCAACUCCCUAGAAUGUCUGUCUCCCACGAUCCAGGAGAGCUCUAUGUUAUGGGAGAGGUUGUUCGUAAAUUUGAGCCCAGAAUGGCCACCAAGUCAGAGACCCAGCCUCAAGUUUGUGGCGCUGUUGUGCUCCCUCCAGAUGGUUUUACUGACAUUCCCCUUGCUACAGAGAGUUUGGCUUCUCAAGUGCCCCAUGGCCGUCUCCAGAGCAUGCCUACCAGGAACAUGCAGGCUUCCCGGGAGCAACGUGACCUCAUGGCAGCCAGAAGGAGCAACCUGGGGCACAAGGAGCCCAAGAACAUGAAAUGUCAAGGCUCAUGCAAGAGCCAGAGCCGGAUGUUUACCCCUACUCACAACAGUGAGAACCCAGCGAAGCCCAACUUAGAAAAACGUGAAGAAAGGCUUGAAGAACUAAGGACUCCCCAACUCACCCCAGUCAGGAAAACAGAAAAAACUCGUCAGGACGAAGACCUCCGGCUGCUGCCGUCAAAGGAACAACCUCCUUCAAUAAGCAACUUCGGAAAAAACAUCAAACAAUUCUUUCAGCAGGUCUUUUCAGUGAAAAAAAGCAAGCCAGUUCCAGUCACUGCCAAGAGCCAGAAAAUAGUGAAAAACAAAUCACAUGCGUACAGCAGCUGUGCUGAAGCCGAGGGGCUCAAGACAGCAGUUGGACACAUGCUGGAGAAAAAAAUGACACUUUGUCAUGAGCAACAUGAGUUCCAAGCCCCAGUCUGUGGGUUUCCCUGCAACCGCAGGCCCCUCUUCCACCCGGAACACAGCAGAAUGCUGGGCUAUGCAGCCAGCAGUCAACAAGCCACUCUCAAGAGCCAGAAUUACCCCAACAGAGAGAGGCAUAUCAGAGAUCAAGAGCCUUUGAAAAGUGUCCGGUGCAACAAUGAGCAAUGGGGCUGGCGACAUCCCCAACUCUUGCUCCCCAAGAAGGCCGUCUCCCCAGUCAGCGCCCCUCCGGGCGGACUGAAAACACCCGGUGCCUUCAGCCACCAUCACCACUGUCCAAGGCACUGCCAUCUUUGGGAAGGAAUUUAAUGGGGCAAUCAACUUCUUUUUUCAGCAUUUUUUUUUUUUUUCCAAGUUUUUAUUAUUUGAUUUGGUUUUACACAGUACAAGUAAUUUUAAAUAUUUUAUUUUGCAUCUUCCUUUUUCUUUCACUAAACAGUAUCAUGAGCAGUUUUCCAUGGCUACAUAAUCUCCUAUCAUUUGGUCAUAUCAUAAUCUAACAAUUUAAUAAAUAUUGGGUCUCAUUUUU